AUGCGCGAUUUCCAUUUCUCUAUUGAUCGGGGUGGGACUUUCACGGAUGUCUUUGCCGAGGUAUGCCGAAUGCCAUGCUGGGUUCUUAAGCUUCUUUCAGUGGAUCCUGCUAACUACCCAGAUGCUCCUCGCGAGGGCAUCCGACGGGUAUUGGAGGAGGUGACAGGUGCGCGAAUGCGAAUUCCCCACCCACGACACGCGCCGCUGGACACCUCCCGCAUCGCCUCUAUCCGCAUGGGAACCACCGUCGCCACCAAUGCGCUGCUGGAGCGGAAGGGGGAGAGGGCGGCGCUGGCGGUGACGGCUGGAUUCCCGGACUUGUUGCACAUUGCGAACCAGUCUCGUCCAAAUAUCUUUGAUUUAGAGAUUCGUACUCCGGAGAAGCUGUACGAGGAGGUUGUUGAAGUGGACGAGCAAUUGGAGUGUGCACCCGGCGGCAAUGAGGGGGAAGGGCAGGGGGGAGGGGGAGGGGGAAGGGGAAGGGGAGGGAGAGCUUCGGUGUUUGUGUGUGUCUAUGUGCGUGUAUGUGGCGGGUUCAGGGCGAGAGCAUAUGCGGUCUUGUCCCGGGGCAUUCGCAGCCUGGCUGUGGUCCUCAAGCACGCCGCCAUCUUCCCGGCGCAUGAGCAGCAAGUCGGUUCGCUGGCGCGGGAGAUGGGCUUCACACAGGUGUCUCUGAGUCACGAGGUGAUGCCCAUGGUGAAGAUGGUGCCCAGAGGCUUCACUGCCGCGGCGGACGCCUACCUGACGCCGCACAUCAAGAAAUACAUCUCGGACUUCGCGGGGGGCUUUGAUGCGGGGUUGAAGGACGUGCAGGUGCUGUUCAUGCAAUCUGACGGGGGCCUAUCACCCGUGGAUCGCUUUUCCGGUCACAAGGCUAUUCUGUCCGGGCCCGCGGGCGGCUACGUGGGCUACGCCCUCACCACCCGCUGGCCCGGUAUGGACCCCACCAGACUGCAGGCCAUCGGGUUCGACAUGGGCGGCACAUCCACGGAUGUCAGUCGGUACGCGGGCAGCUACGAGCACGUGUUUGAGACCACCACGGCGGGGGUGACGAUACAGGCGCCUCAGCUGGACAUCAACACGGUGGCGGCGGGGGGGGGCUCCCGACUGGUGUUCCGGAACGGGCUGUUCGCGGUGGGCCCGGAGUCCGUGGGGGCGCACCCGGGGCCCGUGUGUUACAAGAAGGGAGGGCAGCUCGCCAUCACGGAUGCGAAUCUGCAACUCGGCAGGAUUCUGCCGGACUUUUUUCCCAAGAUUUUCGGCCCCCAUGAGAAUGAGCCGCUGGAUGCGGAGGGCACGGCCGCCGCCUUCCGAGCCGUCACCGCCCAAGUGAACGAGUUCGAGGAAAACACAGGUACGUGCGUGUGCGCCUCCUCCCGAAGUUCCUUAGACGAGGUGGCCAUGGGUUUCAUCCGGGUGGCCAAUGAGGCCAUGUGUCGGCCCAUCCGGGCGCUGACGCAGAUGCGCGGGUACGACGCGGCGGCGCACGUGUUGGCGUGUUUCGGAGGCGCGGGUGGUCAGCACGCGUGUGCCAUUGCCAGAGCACUGGGUAUGUCCACCAUCUUCGUACAUCGCUAUGCAGGUGUCCUCAGUGCUGUGGGUAUUCACCUGGCAGAUGUGGUGGCGGAGGUGCAGGAGCCCGCCGCCGCCAGCCUGGGGCCCGGGGACUUCAAGAUUCUACGUCUGGUACACUCUUUUGCCCUGGCAGCAGCAGCUUCACUCGUUCACUCGUGGUUCGGCUUCACUCGAGACCAGAUCACCACCGAACGCUACCUCAAUCUCAGGUACCACGGAACCGACGUCGCAGUGAUGACGGCGGAGCCGCCCGCCGCCGCCGCCGCCGCCGCCGGGGAGGAGGACGCAGCCGACGGCGCCCAGCAGCGCGGCCCAGCGCCGUACGCCGCCGCCUUCGCCGCCGCCUACCGCCGGGAGUUCGGGUUCGUACUGGAUCGAGAUGUGUGGGUGGAUGACGUACGAGUACGAGCGAUUGGACGAGCACGGCCGCUGCCGGACGACGCGGUGUCGGCGGUGGAGGAGCCAGGUCCUUUGCCGCCUCCCGCCACCACCACCUCCGCCUUCUUCGAGCCGGCCGGCCGCCAGCCUACCCCCGUCUACACGCUGGAGUCCCUCCAGCCUGGACAUGCCGUACACGGCCCCGCGCUGCUCAUUGACGCCAUCUCCACCAUCGUUGUCGAGCCCGGCUGGCGAGCCGUCGUAACGCCAGGGGGGCAUAACGUCAGAAUUGAGGCAGUGACGGCGGCGGUGGAGUCGCCACCGGCGACGGCGACGGCGGCGGCUGCUGUGGAGUGCGACCCCGUUCGCUUGGCCAUCUUCAGUCACCGCUUUAUGGGUAUCGCGGAGCAGAUGGGCCGCACCCUGCAGCGCACCAGCGUGUCGGUCAACAUCAAGGAGAGGUUGGACUUCAGUUGUGCGCUGUUUGGGCCCGAUGGCAGCCUGGUGGCGAAUGCGCCCCACCUGCCCGUACACCUGGGGGCCAUGUCGGAGGCAGUGCGGUUCCAGGUGUCAGAGGAGGGGCUGCAAGAGGGAGAUGUGCUGCUAUCUAACCACCCCCAACUGGCGGGGGGUAGCCACCUACCGGAUAUAACGGUCAUAACGCCCGUGUUCAGCGCUGUAGCUGAGGAAGACGAGGAGGGAGGAGGUGGAGGUGGAGGAGGUCCGCGGCGGAUUGUGUUUUUCGUGGCGUCUAGGGGCCACCAUGCCGACAUUGGCGGCAUCUCCCCGGGGAGUAUGCCGCCCACCAGCAAGCUGCUUGUGGAGGAGGGAGCGGCGGUGGUGAGCUUCAAGAUUGUACGGAAAGGCGUGUUCCAGGAGGAGGGCAUCACGGAGUUGCUUCUAGCCCCGGGGAAACUAGCGGAACAGAUCCCCCGCAUCAGCGGCACUCGCAAUCUGUCGGAUAAUCUCUCCGACCUCAAAGCGCAGGUGGCGGCCAACACCCGGGGAAUCCAGUUGGUGUGUGAGCUCAUCAAGGAGUACGGCAUGGGGGUGGUGUCGGCCUUCAUGGGGCACAUACAGAGGAACGCGGAGCUGUCCGUACGGGAUAUGCUCCGGCGCUUCAGUGAGAGACAGGUGAUGACGGCAGGGGGGGGUCUUCCCGAAGUGGGCACCGUACACGCACGCGACAUCAUGGAUGACGGCAGCCCCAUCGCGCUGUCUGUCACCAUAGACCGGAGGGACGGCUCCGCAGUGUUCGAUUUCGAGGGCACUGGUCCCGAGGUGUAUGCCAAUCACAACGCCCCGCCCGCCGUCACCUUUUCGGCCAUCAUCUACUCGCUGAGGUGCAUGGUGCAAAGCGAUAUACCCCUAAAUCAGGGCUGUCUGGCGCCCAUCACGGUGCGCAUACCCCCGGGCAGCAUCCUAAACCCCUCCGACACGGCCGCGGUGGUGGGGGGGAAUGUGCUGACCAGUCAACGAGUGACGGAUGUAGUGCUCAAGGCCUUUGAGGCGGCUGCGGCAUCUCAGGGCUGCAUGAACAACUUCACGUUCGGAGACGAGCAGAUGGGCUACUACGAGACCAUCGCCGGGGGGGCGGGGGCGGGUCCGGGCUGGGCGGGCCGCAGCGGGGUGCAUACACACAUGACCAACACACGGAUCACUGACCCGGAGAUCCUGGAGCGGCGGUACCCCGUGGUGCUGCACGCCUUCCGACUGCGGCCUGGCUCUGGGGGCCGGGGCUGCUGGCGGGGGGGUGACGGAGUGAUUCGGCAGGUGGGGCCCCGGGGGCCGAUGUCGGCCGGCAUCCUAUCCGAGCGGCGAGCUGUACGACCAUUCGGGUUGCUGGGCGGCCAACCCGGAGAUCCCGGACUCAAUCUGCUACUGCGCCGCGACGGCCGAAUCGUCAACCUAGGCGCUAAGGCCACGGUGUACCUGGAGGCGGGAGACCAGCUGCGCAUCGUGACGCCGGGCGGCGGGGGCUACGGGCCGCCC